UGGCAUUAGAUAGAGAAACCUAAUUUCCCCAAACAGUUGGGGCCGCGGAGGCCAAAAACCUUGUUCCAUUUCCCCCUAAUUGCUUCUCCCUCACCGCCAUUAACAAGAACUCUGCAAUCUCGUUUUUCAUAGCUACAAAAUGUCAAGACCACCUCUACUAAUGAAGAUACUUCUUCACAACUUCACUAUUUCCCGCCCACUUUUCUCUCUUCUCCGGAUCUUUCACCAUUCCAACCACGCUCUAAUUCCUCCUCCACUUUCUUCAAAUCCUUUCUUCUCCUUCAAUAACCCCAAUUUUUCUUCCACCCACUUUUUCUCCGCUCUUCCACUUUCUGCUUCUUUUAUUUCUCCUUCCUCCUCAAUCCAAGAUAGCCUUUCAAAGUCUACAUCUUUACCAAAAAGAUCAAAGAAAGAACGACAUAAAUCUCCUGAGUUCGUGCUAAAGUUGAAACUUGAAAUGUGUUCUAAGCACAAUGACCUUGACGAGGCUCUUCGUUUGUAUAAAUCUGCUCAAAUUGAUGGUACAACUCUUUCUGUUCAACAUUAUAAUUUGCUUUUGUAUUUAUGCUCUUUAUCUGCUGCCAACUGUGAUGAUUCUAGAUCAAUUCAUAGUUUAGAGAAGGGUUUUGAGAUAUAUACACAAAUGUGUAUUGAUAAUGUUGUCCCAAAUGAGGCUACUUUUACUAGUUUAUCUAGAUUAGCUGCUGCUAAACAAGACCCAGAAAUGGCUUUUGAUUUUGUUAAGAAAAUGAAGAAUUGUGGUAUUUGGCCUAAGCUUAGAUCGUAUGGACCUCCCUUGUUUGGGUUUUGUGAAAAGGGGGAUGCUGAUGGGGCUUAUAAUGUGGAUGCCCAUAUGGUAGAAUGUGGAGUUAUGGCUGAGGAGGAUGAGCUUUGUGCUCUUUUGAAGGUCAGUGUGAAUGUGAAGAGAGGUGAUAAGGUUUAUGAGCUGUUGCAUCGAUUAAGAGCGAAUGUAAGGCAAGUGUCUGAAGAGACUGCUAGAGUAAUAGAAGAUUGGUUUGUGUCUGAGGUAGCUAGUGUUGUUGGGAUUGAAAAUUGGGAUGUGGGGAAGGUUAAGAAAGGUGUAGUUAAGGGUGGAGGAGGGUGGCACGGUCAAGGAUGGCUCGGUAGUGGUAAGUGGCGGGUGGUUAAGGCGGAAAUGGAUAAGGGUGUGUGUAGUUCUUGUGCAGAGAAACUUGUGUGUAUUGAUAUUGAUCCUAAAGAGACUGAAAGUUUUGCUAGUUCAUUGAGUUCCUUGGCAUGUGAGAAAGAAAAACGAGCUAACUUUAUGAACUUUCAGGAGUGGCUUCGAGUUCAUGGACCUUAUGAUGCAGUUGUGGAUGGUGCAAAUGUAGGACUGAUGGAUGCACGUAACUUUAACUUUAGACAACUUAUCAAUGUCGUAAAUCAGUUGCAACGCCUCAGCCCUUCUAAGAAAUUGCCGCUUGUUAUUCUUCAUCAAGGUCGUGUUAAUGGAGGGGUAGCUGAAAAUCCCAAUACGAAGAGGGUGUUAGCACGCUGGAGGAGUGCUGGUGCUCUUUAUGCUACUCCUCGAGGUUCAAAUGAUGAUUGGUAUUGGUUAUAUGCUGCUGUUAGUAACAAGUGUUUGUUGGUAACAAAUGAUGAGAUGAGAGAUCACUUAUUUCAGCUGCUUGGGAAUACAAUUUUCCCUCGAUGGAAGGAAAAACAUCAGGUCAGGAUGACAUUUUCGACAAGUGGUGUUGCGUUACAUAUGCCUCCACCGUAUUCUAUUGUAGUUCAAGAAUCGGAAACAGGUAGUUGGCAUAUACCAACGGUUAUAGGUGAUGACCUUGAAACACCUAGAGAAUGGUUGUGUGCUACUAGAGCUAGUAAGACUAAAUCAUAGAUUAAGUCCCAAUUAAACAACUGGAUGAUUGUUGUGGUUUUGGUUCAUUCCUGAUAGGAAAGACAGCUCUGAACAUGCAUAAUUGCUCACUAAGCAGUAUUUUGCAUCACUUGGUUCUCGUCUGAAAUAGAAAGGAACAAUUCCUUACAAAUUUGUGUUCAAUUCCAUCAUUAAACAAUUAAGAGAAAAAUGUUAUUUCUGUAAUGACAGCAUAUGUUUAAUGUUUUGUGUGGGAAUUUAAAGAUGUAGGAUCAUUCAUCAUAGUGCCAAAUAUGCCAACAUCAGUACCAAAAUAUUAGUCAUUUUAAGGGUUGUUUUUACUCUAUUUGCUCAAUAAACUUUAGGCCAGGAAUUUGCAAAGCAAUCUACACUUGUUCAUCCUCAUUAGAUAUAAGAUACUUAUUUGUUCAUUUAUGUACUUUAUCUCUUGGUUUUUGUAGUUUUUUAUUUAUUCGAAUAAGGAAUUGAAAUGUUGA